GGGCCCUCAGAACUGUCUGUCUCAUUUUCCCUUCGCUGAAAGCUUUGCGAUUGAGGAAGCAACAUAAGCUGUCUUAACAGGGAUGAUUUGAUGGUUGACUCACGUCACAUCUCAGUAUUUCCUUGAUCGGACAGGGUUCUGUCAAAAGCACUGCUCAUGCACAGGAACUCAUUCAUUUCAGUCUGAGACUGAGUGGAGCGGAGGGCAGAGCAGCUACCCAUUUGAUUGAUCAGCAUGUGUCGUCCGUGUGAUUCAGCUUGUGUCUCGGCCUUUGGGACUAGAUUGAAUACCACCGUUAGUGGGACGAUGAUGGAACUAGGAGUUAACACCAGUGGGGUUGAUGUAAACGGCAACUGUGAGAUCCAUGACGGCAUCCUGUCUCCUGCCUUACCCAUUCUCUACUCAAUAAUCUGCUUCUUCGGCCUGGUCAGCAACACCAUGACCAUAUUUGUGUUCUUCCUGAAGAAGCACUCCGACUCAUCUAUGGCUGUGUACCUGAGACACCUGGCCAUAGCUGACUUCCUGUUGGUGCUGUGUCUGCCUAUGCGGGUCUAUUACCACAACAGCCAGGGCCCCUUCUACAUCUGCAAGGUGCUGGGUAUCUUCUUCUACGUCAACAUGUAUGCCAGCAUCCUGUUCCUCAGCCUGAUCAGUCUGGAUCGCUACCUGAAGAUCAUCAAGCCUGUGUGGGUCCUGAGAAUCCACAGGGUGCGGUGGAGCCACCGGGCGUCCUUCUCGGUGUGGGCAAGCCUGAUCCUGGGCAUGUCUCUGUUCUUCCUCAGGAAUGACAGGCAGCAACCCUGUGACAAGAUCUGCUUUCACUUCCACCAUAAAGGUCUCCUGGGGGCCCUGGCCAACCUCACCAUGGUGGCCUUCUUCUGUGCCAUCUUCAUCCUCUUCCUCUGCUUCUACGCCAGCAUAACCACCAAGGUGAGGACCAUGUCCUUGGGGAACCUGGACCCCAAGGCCCAGCGGAAAAAGAGCAGGGUGGUCCGGAAGACUUUUGUGGUGCCGGUGAUCUUCACACUGUGCUUCCUGCCAUACCACCUGGUGCGAGUGCCCUACGUGCUGGCCCAAAUGGAUCUGAUUCAGGCCCUGGAAAGUAAGCAGAUUCUUCACAUCCUCAAUGAGCUCACUCUGCUCCUGUCUUCCCUCAACAGCUGUCUGGACCCCAUAAUCUACUACUUCCUGUCUUGCACCUAUAGGAGGACUAUCCUCUGUGCCCUGCAGGGGCAGUUCAAGACCAUGUAUGCUGUUAACAGUAGACGCAACAGUAGACGCAUCAGUAUUAAUCAAUCUUUUACAGAGAUAUAGAGCUAUCUAAGGCAGGGAGUUUUUAACAUUUUGCAUGGGGUUAAAAAUCUAUUUAGAUUAGUAACUGAGAAAUGAUGUAUAAUAAUGUACAGUACAUGUUAAUCCUGUUUAUACUAUUGACUCUAUAAAAUAAAGUAUAGAAGGGUAUUAUUGAAUGUACAUUAUGAAAGAUUAACAUAUAUAUAUAUAUGAACUCUUGUUAUCAAGUUCUUACUGGCCUUUGUAGAUAUAAUUGUUGGUCCAGUAAGAAUGGUGUUUGUAUAAGUAUCUAUACAGUCUGUUAUUUGAGUAUAUUACUCACACUUAUGGUGACCUUAGGUUGUCAUGGUUAAAAGGGCAUUAUAAACCAGGUGGUUCGAGCCCUGAUUGGUGAUGCUGAUUGGCUGAAAGCCGUGGUAUGCCACGGAUAUGUCCCCCCCCAAAAAAGGUUUAUUGUCACAACCUCUGUCUGAAAACGUAUGAAUUCGAUGAAGUACUAACAAAAGCUGUAAUGGCCAUGUUGUGUCAGUCUUGUACACUUUUUAAAAUAUAUUUUUCUGCCAUGAGAUCAAUGAAUGUAUAUUUCCACACAAUAGAGAGCCUAGGAGUUUAUUUAUGUGGAUAUUUGCCUUUUACAGUUGCAAAAGUUAAGUACUGAUUAAGUUCACCAAAGUUCAUUUCAUUUGAUGUUCAUGAGGGAUUGUCUCCUCAGAUAACACUGAGACUUUUAUUUUCUGGCUUUCAAAGCAUUUCUAUUAAAUGUAUAUUAAAUGAUAAUAGAGUACUGAUCAAUUUAAGUAAGCAUGUGAGUAGUAUGUAUAGAAGAGGCAGUAUAUUAUCAAACUUUUAAGUAGUCUAAUCCAAUCACUGUCAGGAUUCACUCAGUUAUUCAGUAAUUUAUCAAAUAAAUGAUGGGUUGAAUUAUUUAGUUUUAUCACCUACUGCACAAAAACAGGCUGGGCUUCGACUAACAGCAUAGAUUGAUCACAGAUAAGUGGCAGAGCAGAGGAAAGAGUGAAAUACCUGUUGUUCAAAGCCAGAAGCUCACUUUGAUGAUAUCACUGUCACUGGUGGAUGAUCAGCAGCCUUUCAUUAAAGAGAACAAAGCCAUUUCCAGUCUUUAUCUUGGAUAAAUACUGUUUGGUGCGUAUUUAGGCUUAUUGCAUUUGGAUGAGUUGAUCUUGCCGUACAAUACCUGAAGUAACAAUGUCCAUAGCUGACAAACACAUUUUUUUGUCGUUUGUAUAAUAGCUUGUAAAUGAUCCUUUGUCUGACAUUUCAAACCGAUUCUUAUCCUUUUUAAUCAAGGCAGUGCACAGACCUUUCAGGGGGCAGGUGCUCAAAAUAAAAACACUUUCAUAAUUCAUAUCUUGAUAUUCCUAAAAUAUAAACUGCCUCUGUAGUGAUGUAUUUUUAUUUUGAAGAAAAGGGCUAUUUAUUUGUACAGUACACUCAUUACAAAUUGUAAGCCUCCUAAAGACAUGAUUGACAGGGGAAAGAGGGUGGGCUUUCAGCUUGUCAUUGUUGAUAAUUGAUGUUAAUCUGCUAGUAAGCUAGCUUGAUAAAAAAAUAAAAAAAUUGUACUGAU